UAGAAGACUCACCUGGGGACAGAAUAUCACCCUCCACUCCUGACACCAUGACCCACACCUGUCAGCCGUGCUGCUGCAAGACCACCUGCUGCAGGACCACCAGCUCUGAAUCCAGCUGUCCUGUGUUCAUCUGCUGUGCCCCGAGUUGCUGCAGCACACCUUGUUGUUGCAAGUCUAUCUGUUGCCACAGCACCAAGACUGUCAACAGCUGUUCCCAGCUGUGCUGUCCACCAACCUGCUGUGACACUGCCUCCUGUGACAGCAACUGUUGCAAGCCAACCUGUGUGACCAUCUGCUGCAGCACACCUUGCUGCCAGCCCAGUUGCUGCAUUCCCAUCUGCUGCCAGCCUAACCUCUUCCAGCUCUGCUGCCAACCAACUUGCUGUGAAACCAGCUGCUGCAAGACCACCACCUUUAAACCCUCCUGUGUGAUCAUUGGCUGCAGCACACCCUGCUGCCAGCCCUGCUGUGCGUGCCCACCUGCCGCUGAUGACCAGCUCCCAAAGGAACACCUGCAAAGCCAUGCUCCAGCAAGAGCUGCCAUGCCCUGUGUGCACAAAGCCACCUCUUAACCUUUGCCUGGCCAACCUCAUGUUCUCACCAGGGAGACCUGACAAAUGUAGUCUUUCUUAAGAGAUGAACUGCCUUGAGAAUGGAUGGAGUUCCUCACCCUCAUCCUCUCAUCUCCAGAGACUAUGGAUGGUCUUCCUGGAUGGCUGAUGUGAAGGUCUGGCAUCAGCUCAAGUUCUGGGCCAGGAUCUUUACAUCUUUCACCAAAUAACUUCCUGAAAACUAACUUUAUUUAACCUGUAUUUUCUUCUGAGGUACCCCCCAUUUUUGUGUACUAUUUUUUCUUCUUUCUGCUCACUUCUGAUUUGUAUCACUAAAAACAAGCAAUUUUUAAUAAACUCUCUGCUG